AUGAGUACCGGUACCGAUGGUUUCCAGAAAAGUGGUAAAUCCAAAUCAAAUUCCAAUUCUAUCAAGGUACGAUCUUUCGAUGAGCAAAUAGAUGAGGCUAGAAAUGCUAUUCGUGGAAGCGAAUUAUUACAGAGCUUACAUCAAUCACUAACUCCAUUCCAGGUUACACAUGUACGAUGUCUUGCGCUAGGUAAUUUCCAUCAAGAUUUCCCUGCUAGGUUUCAAUUGGCGCUUUUGUUAGAACUUCUCUAUUUGUUGAAAGUAUCGAGAUGCUCAUUUUAUGAUCCUGUCUUUGACGAUGAAGACUUGGCAUAUAUUAACGGUAAUGGCUCUUGGUCAGUAGACGAAUCUUCGCCAUUCUUGGACGUAAAUCCAAGCCAGAUUAUGUUCUUUCUACCACACGCUCCGUUAGACCUAACGGAAAAGGUUAUAGCAGAAGAAUCACCAAAAGUUUGGUUAGCUAAUCAUUUAUUACAACAUACUGACAGGUUGACAAAGGUACAAUUAUACGAUAAAUAUCCUUUAUUAUGCAAAUUGGUCAAUUAUAUCAAUUCUAACACAGCUACUAAGAUCCGGUCAGCAACAGAUACUGAUGAAGAUGGGUUUCAAACUUUUACAUCCUCGAGAAAACGUAAGUCUAAGGCAAGAAAUAAGUUCAAAGAGACUGUCAUCGAAUAUGAUGUUAUAGAAUCAUACUUCAACGAUUGUAAGAUCAUUAAUGACUUUGAGAAUGGAAGUUUACUCGCUAAUAAAAUAUGGCUGAACUCGUUCUCAGAUUUAGCGUUGCAUGUUAUCGCAAGCCAUACGGUAAACAGUAACGAGCAACAAGUCCCAUUGGCAGCAUCGACCGAUUCUUCUUAA